AAUUGGAAAGACUACCAACCAAGCAACAUGACCAUGUCUGAACUGCAGAUGUUGGCUAGCAUGAAAAGGCAGCAAAAUGAAGAGUUGGAAUAUAAUGGACCUUCACAUGGGCUGAGUGCAUCUCAGAUCAACAAUUGUAAUAUUAGCAUCAGCACAAGCAGUGAUGACACAAACACCUGGAAUUCAUGUCUCCCAGCACCUGUUAAUCAAGGAAGUCACUAUCAGAAAGAAAUGAACCCUCUUUCCCAUUCCAACCCACGGGAUUGGCUACACGUUUUCAGCCCUCCUAUCAUUCCUCCUAGCCAACAGGUGGCAGAAUAUACCAAAGUUUCAGCAAACCUAAGUACCCAAGGUGAAGGUGAAGGGAAAGAAGAAGAUGAAGUUCUCACUCUGUUGUAUGACCCAUGCCUAAAUUGUUACUUUGAUCCCGAAACUGGAAAAUAUUAUGAGUUGGCAUAAAUAUUCGCAGACAUGAGGAGUGCUGCAAAAAACCUGAACUGUGCAGCACUUGAGAGCCUCGGCAAAUGCUCUUCUCCCUGCUCCAAAGGCAAACAGAGAAAUAUUUGAAAAGACCAUGUAAUGUUUUGUCUCCUGUUCCCAUUUCUGCUAUUUUUAUCAGAGUGCUUAGAAGCUUCUCUGAUUUUCAUAUACAUGUGUUUAAUUGGUUGCUGUUAUUUACAAUAUGGAAGAUUCCUAUGCACGAACUGAAUUACACCAAAUCAAAGAAAGAUAUGUCCUGGAUUAAUUUGUGAAUGCUUGCAUGAUUUUUUUUUCACCUAGUCAUUU